UACAUUUCUAUUGAAUUAAAUUUGAAGCAAAACAAAAAUAUUGACAAAUUUGAGGAAUUUUAUUUUGAAUCGCCAUCACAUCAUUGAUUUUCCGCAAUGGCGCUUGAGUUAACGCACGUGCAGCGCUGCAUCAUCUCGGGCGUGGUAUACGUCGUGUGCUUCAUACUUGAAAUUGUCUCCUGCCUGCUGCUAUACAAGACGUUUGAGUCGGAGUGCGUUGGUGGCGCUGAGAUUUCUACCUUAAUUUGGUGGUGCUUUCAUUUAGUCUUCGUGCCCGCAAUACCGGAUAUUAUGUACGCCGUUAUGGGUGUACUGAUAUCCGAUCCAUUCUAUGCCUCAAUGGGUGGCUGUUAUAACAUUGUAAUGGGCGUGGUAUGCAUAUCCGCUGCCAUCUGCGGCUUUGUCUCGCUCACUGGUUGUGGAAAUCCUGCGCAGUCGCUUGUGCUGAUAAGCGCUAUAUUAGAACUCAUUGCUGGCAUAAUUCAUUUGGUAUUCAUUUGGUUUGUCAAAGAAAAUCUCGAUGAUGGCGAAUCUCUAUUUGGCUCAAAGUAGCUUGUACCAGAGGCUAAAUUUCUUAUAAGUUAUGUAGAGCCUUUGGGCGCCAACUUAUUUAAUAAUAAACUUUACAGUCAGCAUUGCGGAGUA